GCUGCCUUUUUUUUUAGGAAAAUUGUUCACACGUUGUAGGACCCCCCCCCCCACACACACACACAACAGUUCUCUCCUCUCAUCCUGCUCUCAGCUGAUUCUCGCCUCAUGUCCUCCAUAUGUCACUUCCUCCUUUUUCAUUUCUGACUUGAGUUUUCCUCCCAACCUGAACCACUGUGACUCAUCCAGCGAGCACCUGCUCCAGUCGUCGUCAUGAUGAAAUCGUCUGUUUUUUUCUCUCUCUCUCCAUGUUGUUGCACAAUAACGUGUGUUUUGUUUCAUUAAAACGGGCCCUUCAUCACACAGCUUCCUUGUCUCAUGUUUGUUUCCUUUGUUUCCUGUCCAACACACUUUAAAGACACCUGGACUUCUAAUCACAUUGCUGUCAGAGGGGGAAAUAAGUUACGUUCCAGUUUCCUGGCCUCCUGUUUGAUCAGAUGAAGGUCAAACUGAGCGGAAAGGCCCCGACCUCUCAAAGUGUAUUCCAAAGCCAGCACUUGUCCGUUCCAUCGGGGUGUCAUCUGUGUUUAUCCAGUCUUCUGUGUUCGCUCCUGCUGUCCUCUUUUUUCCCCUCUCUCCUCCCUCUCGUCUCCUCUCUCUCUCUCUCUCUGUCUCUCUCUCUCUCUCUCUCUCUCUCUCUCUCUCUCUGUCUCGUGUCUUUCCGAUCCGACUCAUUCCUGGACACAGACACACACAAGCACCCAGGGAGAAUGGACUAACAAAAAAAGAAAAUCCGGCUUCAUGAACCAGAAGAUUCUUUUCUUUCCUUCUUUCCAAAAUUUGGACUUUUUUGACAUCAAACAACCUAACUUUAAUCAUCUCUGUCCAUCUUCUUUUCUUCCACUUUCUCAUCUCUUCCACRUUAUUUAUUCAUCGUUUGGUCCUGUCACUGUAUCAUUCAAAAACAUGCCUCCAUCUGCUCUUGAUUUAGCAUUUGAGCUGUGUAAUUUCACCAUCAUUUUGACUAAGAAGACAUAAAAAAUGCUGAAGGGCUACAAAGUGUGAAGCUCACUGCAAAGUAGAAUAAUCUGAAGUGUGUGUGUGUCUGUUUGUGUUGUGUAAAGGAAGAGGGAUAUGCACACGGACAGUGAAAGAAAGCCACGUAAUUCAUCUUUGUGUUCAUCAUUUAAAACCCCAAAAAUAUUUCCACUCUUUUCCCGAAGGAGGUUUUAAAGCUGCUCCGCUUCAUUUGCAUGAAGAUAAAGGAAAGUGGGACUUAUGAGCAACCAUCAGCCUGAUAAAGGCGCUCUGGAUGUAGACGUUUCCUGUGGAAUUACCCUUUAAAUCCUGGAUUAGAUCUCGAGUGACAGAAAAAAAACCCCAACAAAAACCUAAAAAGAAUUAAGAAUAAAAAAAAAACAGUUUUAAAUUCUGGAUUUUUUGACACAUUUUAAUGGACUAAGGCUGAUUUCAGUAUUUCUCUUCUCAACUGAAUCUUAAUGGGAUUGGACUAUCGCGGAUUAAAGACUCAAGCAACAUCUUUAUCAAUUAGCUGCUGUAAUAUUCCUCAUUUCUCUCCAAAUUUAAUAUGUCAGUGUUGAGAGUUAAAUAGAGUGGCGGACAUCAGAAAAACAAGAUUCCCUGAGCACCUUUUCUAAGAAACACAAGUGAAGCUGCUCCUGUGGAGUGCGAUUWUCACGAAACCGAUGCUCUGUCCUCUGGACCGUUUGAGGAUUUUACCUAAGACUGCUUUCAGCCUCCCUCAGUCCGAGGCUAUGAGAGGGAGAGAGGAGUCCCUGGCCGCUCCACCAUGCUACUUCUGAGAAGCUGGGAUGAGACUUUGGCUGGCAGAACACAAGGUAUUACUGACCCCCACCUUCAUUAUGCCUGUCUGCGGAUGCUGCAGUUCCUCCCCGCCUCGAGGUCGUGCUGGGGCCUGCUUCUCCCCACUCGUGGUUGCCCAAGUUCAAGAACGAUGUCGAACUCCCCGCCGACCUUCUCCUCUAUCACCUCACCGCUGCACAAGCGCCUCCCUUUGCUUGCCUCUUUUCCUCCUGCUGCUCUGCCUUCUCCACCUGCCCCCGGCCUGCCACUCCAGGAGAGAAAAGGGCGGGGCAGGUGGCGGAUGGGGCAGCAACAACUUGGCCCUGCCCAACAAUUUAGAGGGCCUCAGCAUUGCCGUCGUCCUGGUGGGCAAUUCCAGCGAGGUGGCACUGGCGGGGGCCCGGGAGAAGGACUUCCUCCGCAUGGAGCCCAACGUGGAGGUGCUGACCAUGAAUGAGACYGACCCAAAGAGCAUCAUCAAGAGCAUCUGUGACCUGAUGACGGAGCACUGGCUGCAGGGCGUCGUGUUCGGAGACGACACCGACCAGGAGGCCAUCGCUCAGAUCCUGGACUUCAUUUCWGCCCAAACCCAUAUUCCCAUCCUCGGGGUUCGCGGGGGCUCUUCCAUGAUUAUGGCUGCCAAG